GCCGACGGAUGAAGGAGCGGAGGUCGUGGGUGAGAGGUCGUGGUGCCAGGACGAGAACGAUGAACGAGGGAGGAGAGAUGAAGAUCUACUGCCCGAUCUGCAACUGGGUGGUGAUCAGCCUCCCUGCCCUGGAGGACCACAUGACGAAGCACAAGGGCCUGACCAAGUCCGUGCUGUACCAGUGCCCCCACUGCCCGUACAGCACGGAGGAAGCGGCUACUCUGAUCGGCCACCAGAGGAGCCACGCCGACGAGAAGCUCUUCAAGUGCUGGGUGUGCGAUGAAGUUUUCGCGAAUUCAGGAGACUUCUGCUCCCAUCAGAGCAUGCACAUCAAUCGGGCACGACGCAGGAAGUCGAUCGUCCCACUGCCAGGAGACGUCUCACCAGAUGAGAGAACCCGCGCGGUCGAAAGGCCCUACCACUGCAAUGUCUGCGGGGAGGACUUCACUCAGUCGCACCACCUCCUCAACCACAAGAGAAUCCAUACGAACGAGAAGCCGUACGCAUGCACCGUGUGCAGAAAGGCGUUCGUGCGCUCGGACAACCUCGUCAUCCACAGUCGGGUCCACACGGGCGAGAAGCCGUACAAGUGCGCCACUUGCGGCAAGGCAUUCAACCAGUCGACGGCGCUCCUCAACCACAAGAGGACCCACACGGGCGAGAAGCCCUACGGGUGCACGGUGUGCGGGAAGCGAUUCGCCCAGUCGAGGGUUCUUGUCAAACAUGAGAGGACCCACACGGGCGAGAAGCCCUAUGGGUGCGCCACGUGCGGCAAGUCCUUCGCCCAGUCGGGCACCCUGGGCAUCCACAAGCGCACCCACACAGGCGAGAGACCGUACACGUGCGACGUGUGCGACAGAUCGUUCACGCACUUGGGCACCCUCCACGUACACAAGAAGACGCACUCGGGUGGGAGGUCCCUCACGUGCCCCACGCGCGGGAAGGCCUCCUCUGAGGCAGGGCGCCUCCGGGCGUGCCGGCAGGCCCGCGCGGGCUCGAGCGCGUCGACGCCGCCGGCCCGUCCCCCCCUCCUCCGCCGCCGCGCCUGCGGUAGGGCCAGGCUGCACGAGGGUGCGACUGCCCCUGGGGAGGUCGUGGCGAGCCUCGGGGGCGAGGGUCCUGCGGCGACCCCCUCGGUGACCCCCUUGGCAUCGCUAACAUCAGAACGGGGAGAGACCCUCAGCUUCGAGACGUGGCCAGGGGUGAAGGUGGAAUGCGACGGUGAAGAUCCUUCCGCCUCCCUGCCGAUCAUGAAGCAGGAGCGUGGAGGGAUCGCCAGCGUCGAGACUUGGCCAGGGGUGAAAAUAGAACUGGGGGGGGAGGAUUUUUCAGUUCCCCUCUCGAUUGUGAAGCAGGAACAGGAAGAAAGCCCCAGCUGUGAGACACGGCUGGAUUGCCAUUCCAAGAUGGAUUCUGACGGAGAGGAAGCGGAGGCCGUGGGUGAGAGACCGUGGGAGAGAGGCCGUGAUGCCAAGACGGGAACGAUGAAUGAGGGAGGAGAGAUGAAGAUCUACUGCCCGAUCUGCAACUGGGUGGUGAUCAGCCUGCCCGCCCUGGAGGACCACAUGAAGCAGCACAGGCGCCGGACCGAGUCUGUGCUGUACCAGUGCCCCUACUGCCCAUACAGCACGGACAAAGCGGCCACUCUGAUCGGCCACCAGAGGAGCCAUGCCGACGAGAAGCUCUACAAAUGCUGGGUGUGCGAUGAAGUUUUCGCGAAUUCGAAAGACUACUGCUCCCAUCAAAGCAUGCACAUCAAUCGGGCGCGACGCAGGAAGUCGAUCGUCCCACCGCCAAGAGACGUCUCAUCGGAAAAGAGAAUCCGCGUGGGCGAGAGGCCCUACCACUGCAAUGUCUGCGGGGUGGACUUCACUCAGUCGCAACACCUCCUCAAACACCAGAGGAUCCACACGAACGAGAAGCCGUACGUGUGCGCCGUGUGCGGCAAGGCGUUCGUGCACCCGAGCACCCUCGUCAUCCACACUCGGGUCCACACGGGCGAGAAGCCGUACAAGUGUGCCACGUGCGGCAAGGCAUACAGCCGAUCGACGGCUCUCAUCCACCACAAGAGGACCCACACGGGCGAGAAGCCCUACGGGUGCACAGUGUGCGGGAAGCGAUUUGCCCUGUCGAAGGUUCUCGUCAAACAUGAGAGGACCCACACGGGCGAGAGGCCCUACGAGUGCACCACGUGCGGCAAGUCCUUCACCCAGUCGGGCACCCUGGGUAUCCACAAGCGCACCCACACAGGCGAGAGACCGUACACGUGCGACGUGUGCGGCAGGUCGUUCACGCACUUGGGCACCCUCCACGUACACAAGAAGACGCACUCGGGUGGGAGGUCCCUCACGUGCCCCACACGCGGGAAGGCCUCCUCCGAGGCAGGGGGCUUCCGGGCGUGCCGGCAGGCCCGCGUGGGCUCUAGCGCGUCGACGCCGCCGGCUCGUACCCCCCUCCUCCGCCUCUGCUGCGCCCGCGGGCGGACCGGGCUCCACAAGGGUGGGACUGCCGCUGGGGAGGUCGUGGCGAGCCUCGGGGGCGAAGGUCUCAUGGCAACCGACUCAGAAACCCCCUCGGUGACCCCCUCGGCUACCCCCUCGGCAUCGCUAACAUCAGAAUACGGAGAGACCCUCAGCUUUGAGACGUUGCCAGGGGUCAAGGUAGAAUGCGUCGGUGAAGAUCCUUCCACCUCCAUUCCGAUCGUAAAGCGAGAGCGCGGAGGGAUUGCCAGCUUCGAGAUGUGGUCAGGGGUGAAGGUGGAAUGUGAUGGUGAAGAUCCUUCUGCCUCCUUACCGAUCGUGAAGCGGGAACGGGAAGAAAGCCCCGACUGUGAGACGCGGCUGGGGUGAAGGUGGCACACUGGAGGCCGAGUCUCUGCUUUGGGAACGGAUGUUGAGGUCUAUGUGGGAAGCGUGAAGGACACUCCAAUCAAGCAUGUCGAGUGAGUCCUCGACUGGGACCUUUGUUAAUUUGGUGGCGCGGGUGGAGGAGGUGCACUACACAGAGGGGGCAGGUCUCUUAGAGUGGAGAUUAAACACUCGAGAAGCUGACCGAGAGAGAGAAAUGUUGAGAAAAUGGCGUGCGAUAUAACGGCUGUUCGAAAGCACGAGCGAGUCUGCACGACUGUGAAGGUACACAAUGUAGAGGCAAUAUUUUUUGUUCUGAGAACAGAUACACGUGAAGUGAGAACUACAUAGACUUUUAUUUUACCAGGUAAGGGCCCACCACUGAGCCACAUAGCUAUCUUUCAGAAGCGACCUGGCCAACACAAAUUAUACCUCAAUGAAGCGGCCUACCAUCACGUGGACACUUAUAGCAGCAUACUCUUAGGUUUUUUCGGUAAAGUCACGUAGGGGAAAGUAAAUAAAUAAUACAAAUACAUAACAAUAGAAAUAAAAUAAUAAAUCACGACGUUUCGUAGGCAGCACAAGCUUCCAUCAUAUUUAUUAUUUUAUUUCUAUUAUAAUUUCUACUAUUUGUAUUAUAACAUUUUCUUAUUUAUUUAUUUUUCCCUACGUGACUUUCCUGAAAAAACCUAAGAAUAUGAAUCCCUACAGUCACGAAACCUUCAAAUCUAGAACUUAUAGCAGCAACCAAAUACAGUAAAAUCUUGGAUUGUGAGCAUAAUUCGUUCCGGAAACGUGCUUGUAAUCCAAAGUACUCGUAUAUCAGUUGUGAUCACGUGACGCUCGGCAGACAAAGCGUACUACUCGUAUUGCAGACCUCGCUCGUUUAUCAAAUUUAUAUUUAUUUAAAAAUGUUGCUCGUCUUGCAAAACACUCGCAGACCAAGUUGCUCGCAAUCUAAGGUUUUACUGUACUCUCUAAACGCCUGGUGAUGUUGAUUCUAAACGUCGGGGUGGGGGUGGGGGUGAAACCUGAGGACUCUGCUUGAC